UUCACUUACGGAAUACGGACAAUACGGAAUCAUUGAAAAUCAUUAUGCUCUGUUUAGACUUUUGCAUUUUAUCUGAGAGCGUUUAUUGACUCGUCUCGUGCACAAAUUAUACAUCAUCAUUGAAGUACUGCGCCUUUUCUGCAGACAGGAGCUCAGUCAGCUUUUACUGCGGCGGUUUAAUCAGACACACGACAGUUUUACGUUUAUACCGGAGAGAACUGAAGAUGGGCUGCUGCUCGGGGAGGAGUAUGUUGAUGUUCUUCUGCGCUCUUCAGCUGAUCACUGCUGUGGAGAGACAGGUGUUUGACUUUCUAGGUUACCAGUGGGCGCCCAUCCUUGUCAACUUCCUGCACGUCAUUGUGGUGAUAUUGGGCUUGUUUGGAACAGUCCAGUAUAAGCCCCGCUAUGUAGUUUUGUAUAUAGUCUGGACUGUGUUUUGGGUGACUUGGAAUGUCUUCAUCUGUUGCCUUUAUCUAGAUCUUGGAGGGCUUUCAAAGGACAGUGAUUAUCUGUCAUUGGGACUUUCGUCUUAUCGCUCAUGGUGGAAGGACAACGGUCCAGGCUGUGAGAACAGAAACCUCCCAACCACUAGAUGGCAGCAUCUGGAAAGUCCUGCUCUGGUCUCCGAGCUGGGCUGUGUAUUAGAGUAUCAGUACAUCGAAAUUAUGCACAGCGCCCUACAACUGUCCAUUUCUGCCCUGGGUUUUGUAUUUGCCUGCUAUGUUGUCAGCAUCUUCAGUGAAGAGGAAGACACAUAUUUGUGUAAGUGACAGUGUCCAGAUCUCAUCAACAUCUCAAGAGAGAGAAGAAACACUGAGAAGGGAAAUAGAUUGAAGAAAUGGACAUUAACCAUUCUCAGAAUGGACCAGAUUGGAUGGAUUCCCAAUUAUGUAUAUGUGUAAACAUAACAAUACACAAAAUGUAAGAACAUAAGAGUGAUGUGAAUAUGAACAUGAAAAUUCAAAGGUAUGUGUAUGUGUGUUUUAUUAUUAUUUUGCCUAAUGACACAUUGAACUCAACAUCUGAACAAGAAACAAGUCACAAGGCAUCUGUAACUAAACCAAAGGAUACAGCAAUGAACCUCACAUUCUUUUAUGAAUACAUAUUUAUUUUAUUUUCAGGAUAUGAUUCUUCUGCAAAACAGUUUUACUUGCUGUUCUAAUUUUACUGGUCAAAUGGUAUAUUUUGUACAUUUUAAACAUUGUAAAGAUCUCUUUCAGUUUAAUGGAUUAAUAGUGGAGAUUAAAUGAAGAAGAAUUAAUUGCUCCACAUGCACUCGUGUCAUUACACAGCAAAAUGCUGUUAAAUGUUUAAUGAUCAUCUGUCUAUUUUACUAUCAGUAACACAAGCCAUAUUUGUGUGAGUGUAUAUAGGAUAUAAUACCUGUAAUACCUGCGUGUGCUGGUCUGUGUCUUAAUGGCCCAAAGAAAACAGAAAUGUUGUAACAUACGGAACAUCAAAUCUCAUUUCGUAAAUGUAUAUAAUACAGCAUUUACUUGACACUAUUUUAAAUGCUGACUGUAGUGAGUCAUAUCAUAUUUUCUUUUGUUAAAUUAUACAUGUAGUGCAUAUCUUAAUAAAUAUUUGAUUCGAAAAACACAUCAGUUUAUAGAAAAAAGACACUAUUUCGUUAAGGUCUCUUUUUGAUAUGUAAUCGAGGAAGUUCCCCAAUUGACUCACA